ACCAUCGAGCUGUCAAGUCAACAGAAGUGCCUCCCUUCCUUACCUGUGCAGCCUGCAGGAUGGCCCAGGCAGACAGUAAGGUGCUGGUUCUGGGAGCUCUGGCUGGAGUGGCUGGCAUCAGUUUGGCUGUGGUGUGUUAUCAAGGCUUUAGGUCAAGGCGAAGAAGCUCAUGGCCAGGGUUCUACCUCAACCGCACUAAUGAACAGGGGCCUGGCAUCAUGGUGGUGGAUGGUCCAGGUUUGCCUACGGGUCAGGCUGAGGUGCUGGAGCGCCUUGAGGCCCUGAUCCAGUGCGUGUCUGAGCUAAAGGAGGAGAUGAAGUCAUUGAAGAGUGCUCUGCCGACGCUGCAGGAUCAAGUCAGGGAAGAGCUGAGGGGACGGGAUGAGGGGCGUCGAGCCAGCCCUCUCCACAGGACCACACCAACACGAAGGAAAAGGGCUGCAGGCACCAUCGCCGGGGCCAGAGCUGGCGGUCGGAGCUCAGAGGAAGCCGAGAGUGAGGGAGGGUAUAUGACUGCACUGACAGACUCUGAGGAAGACGAUUUAAGUGAUGCAGAACAAAGCGAUGAAGAACAACCUGCAGAUAAGCUAUGUGUCCUCCUCGAGAGGAUCGACGGGUUGCGCCAGGGCACUGAAUCUGACAAAAGGGAAUGUCUCAACCUCCUUUUGGAGCAGAGAGAGGAGUUUGGACAGAACUCAACAUUUCUUUGGCGGCUAACUCGAGCUUACUGUGAUGUUCACGACAUCAGUUCCACUCUGGAGGAGAAGAAGACCCAUGCAGAAACAGGGAAGAAAGUUGGUGAGGAGGCAGUGAGCCUGAACCCCACAUGUGCUGAAAGUCAUCAGUGGUAUGCCAUCAUGUGUGGGAUUAUGGCAGAAUAUGACACAGUACAGAACAAGAUAAAGAACGGAUACAUCUUUAAGGAUCAUCUGGAUAAGGCCAUUGAGCUGAAGCCACAAGACCCCAUGUCCUACUACCUGCUGGGCCGCUGGUGCUACGCUGUGGCUCAGUUGUCGUGGAUUGAGAGGAAAGUUGCUGCAACAUUGUUUGGAGAGCCUCCAAGUGCCACAGUUGAAGAUGCACUGAAGAAUUUUCUAAGGGUUGAGGAGCUCCAGCCAGGAUAUUCCAAACUCAACUAUGUGUUUCUAGCUAAGUGCUACAAAGACCUGGGGCAAAGGGAGAAGGCGAGGAAGAUGUGCGAAGCUGCUUCUUCAAUGAAUGGCAUGUCCAAAGAGGAUGAAGAGGCACAGAAGGAGCUGGACUCACUCUACCCAGCGCUCGGAGUGUGACAACAGCUUGCACAUAGCACAUUCUUUUGGAAAUACAUUUUCCAUGUGCUACGAGCUGUGUGUGUGUGUGUGUGUGUGUGUGUGUGUGUAUGUGUGGAUAUAGUGUGUAUUGAGAGGACAUCAUGUUAAUUCACUCUGUGAGUGGAGGGAGGUGCGCUGUGGCAUUAUAUAAUCAAUGGGAGCAAUAACACAGUCAGAGCCGUCCGAUGCAGUUUUAAAUCAGAUUCGUAGUCUGAUUGGU